AUGAUCUGUCGUUAUCUUCAACCUGUUGACGUUCUUCGUGCCUUUUUCAAGAGCACGUCAGAUCGUUUGCAUCGUCUCAUUCUCGGUUAUCGCACGAAUCUUGUGUUGAGCACUCUGUCUUACGCAGAGUUUCGUUUCGUGGUCGAUGAACUUUUGCCUUACUUGGAAACACCACAAUUGACAUUGAGUAACAGCAAAAUUCCUUGUUUGGUUGAACAUUUUCUAUCAUUAUGUCAUCGACUUCCAUUAAACAAUCUACGCAAACUCACUCUUAAAUCGUGCACUAACAUAAGUUCUUCACUUGUUGUUUGGCUCUCGAAUCAAUCGAAGCUUGAAGAUUUAAGCGUUUACAACGGUGAUCUAGAAGUCGUUGCACGUAAGUCACGACCGACAUUGCUCAAUCGAUCUCGUGGAUUUGGCUGA